CCCAGCCAGUGCCGUGGCCAGGCCCCGCCCGCCCACGAGAAGAGCAACGCAGCUGCGGCAGCAGCACAUCGCAACGCACCGCAACGCCAUCCGGAUUUCAACCCCCCCAUCACCAUCCCCACCUCUCAUACACCCCCCUCACAUAUCCAAGCAGCGUGCAUCCCAACUCUCUUCUGUCGCAUAAUUGUGUGUGUGUGCGGGGACGAAAUGGGGAGAGGGUCCUUGAGGCUCGCGGUGCUGGAAUGCGACCAAUUACAGAAUUACCUGGGGGGGAACAGUGAUGGCUACUCGAAAUUGCUGCAGACUGCCUUCAACCAAGUUUUGAAGAAUGCUGCUAGGGUUCUGCAUCCCCAGAUGACUGUGCCGCCGACGCUUUCCUUCACAGCAUUUGAUGUGAAGGCCGAAAAGUAUCCUGAAGAUUUCUUGGCGUUUGACGGGGUUUUGAUCACCGGGUCCUUGAGUGGAGUGUAUGACGGUGAUGCUUGGAUUCAGCGCUUGUUAAAUGUAAUCCGUGAAUUGGACAAUAUGAAAGUGAAGACAGUGGGGAUAAGCUUUGGACACCAAGCUAUUGCGGAGGCACUGGGUGGUCACGUAGGUCGGAAUCCAAAGGGUUCGGAGGUUUCUGUGAGAAAAGCUCAAGUGACAAAAGAAGGGGCCAGGGUCUUCUUGCCCACCUUCAAAGAAUUUCGCCUACAUUACCACCACAAUGACGCCAUCUUGACGCUGCCACCGGGUUUUCUGAACUUGGCGACCAACAACGUAACAGAGUUUCAAUCAACUUACAAACGACAGCAAUUCCUGACAUUCUGUGGGCACCCUGAAUACUCACACAAUCCAGAGGUGUUGGAGAAGCUGCUGGGAUACGAUCGGGAGAAGCUCUGGGUGCCCGAGCAGCUUGUGGAGCAUGGCCUCACCACUCUGUCCCAGCAAACUGACUACGAAUGGGUCAUCAAACAGAUACUACUUUUCUUCACCGGAGCCCUUGAUAGCUUCCCGUGAUCUUUCCUUCGUCUUCAUUCUGUCUGUACCGAUGUCUAUGUAGGUGUGGAAUAAUCAGCGUGCAAGUCCUGCAGUUUUCUGCAUCUUCCUCAUUUUAUUGUAUCUAUAAUCGGUCGUUGUAGAAGGGCAACGGAAAAAGAUAGUUUCUGAAUGACUUGUGAGUGGAUCAAAGAGUAUUCACUCUCUUCAAUCAACCGUUUUUGCAUAACUCUUUGUCGGUGUAUAGUAUCGAACCCUAGUUUUCACAAAUCACGGUUUGUUUCAGCAAUACAAACUGUGAAUUCCUAAUCAACCUGCUGAUUAGGCAUAUGUGAAUAGGGAUUUGGUCGACUAGGCAUUGUAAGCCUUUGAAAGAUCGUGUAUCUACUAUGUUUCUGGCUUCGAGCUUCUUAGUGUAUUUUAUCUGAGUGUCAUUCAUUUACUUAUUACAGCAUGAAUGACAUGUAUGAAAUAAAAUUACUAAGAACUUGCCACGCGAUUAACACUUCA